ACUUGAUAUGGGAUAAGGUGGCAAGCCAUGUUAUCCAAUAAGGGCCACCCAUGUGGACAGAAUCAUCUUUGGAGUUGAACACUUGAACCCACAAAUCUGUUACCUAAGUGGUCAUAAUAAGAUACUCAAAAUUGUAGAAACUGAUCACAACAAGCACCACCCAUGGCUAGCCUCCAGCUCAAGACUGGCUUGACCUCUUCAUUGACCACCACAAGGCCGGUUGCACCAAGAGGCCUUUCUGGUUCACCUCUUAGGGUCUUCCCUUCUUCCAAGAGAUCGUCCUCCACCAUCAAAGCCGUUCAGAGUGAGAAGCCUACAUACCAAGUAAUCCAGCCCAUCAAUGGUGACCCGUUCAUCGGAAGUCUCGAGACUCCAGUGACAUCAAGCCCGUUAAUCGCAUGGUACCUCUCAAACCUUCCAGGAUACCGAACUGCAGUGAACCCGUUGCUUCGUGGCAUUGAGGUCGGGCUAGCUCAUGGGUUCUUCCUAGUGGGCCCAUUUGUGAAGGCAGGCCCAUUGAGGAACACAGAGUAUGCAGGUGCAGCUGGAUCACUAGCCGCGGGUGGGCUAGUCGUAAUUCUUAGCAUUUGCUUGACAAUGUACGGGAUCGCAUCGUUCAAAGAAGGCGAGCCAUCGAUUGCACCAUCGUUGACUUUGACCGGGAGGAAGAAGGAACCGGACCAGCUUCAAACAGCCGAUGGUUGGGCCAAGUUUACUGGCGGUUUUUUCUUUGGUGGGAUCUCUGGUGUCAUUUGGGCUUACUUCCUUCUUUAUGUUCUUGACCUUCCUUACUAUGUUAAGUAGGUGAGGUUACUAUUUGGGCCCUUUAUUGAAACAUGAUCACUCAUUGUAUGAUAUUCUUUGCUUAUGCUAUGAAAUUGAAAGACUUUUAGGCAUGAGCUUGCCAUCACCAACGUUUAA